AUGCCCCUCUCCUUCACAUACAGCAAUUACCCCCACAUCUUCGACGCCUUCGUGGCCGACACCAGCUUCGAGACGCAGCUCGCGCUCCGUCUCAGCUGCAAGUCUUUCCAGCAAGCCGUUGACCGCCUGCACGUGCACCACCUUGUUCUUACGCCCCAUGGCUCGAACUCGAUCGACAUCAAGGGUGCGUACCGCCGCAUCCCCGCUCUGCGCCGCAUCAAGCCCGCUGCCUGGCGCAAGGAGCCCAAGCUCGAGCUCACGUCGCAUACCCGCGUCGUCGACAUCAGGGGCUUCUUCCCUGCGACUUGCAACUUGACGCUGCUCAAGGGCGCCUUCCCCAAUCUUGACACACUGCGCAUGUGCACCAGCAAGUCUGAGCCUAAGUCGUAUACGCCCUACGUCCCCCUCGCCGCCAAGACCCUCGUCCUUUUCACCAGCCCCGACGGCGGUGACUGCAACCCCGCUGGGUACGAUGAGUGGGACUCCGAGGAAGAGGACGAGCCCGAGUUUGUUCCCAAAGGCGUGAGCAGCAAGCUUCCGGACAAGUAUACCAAGAUUGUCGUGAACAUGAAUGGCAUGGACAUCCCUAUUGCGGACAUGUUCCGCUGCGCCCUCGAUCCGCCCGAGCACGUCACAGAGGUCGACAUCAUCAUCCCCGUCUACAGCUCGCCCUCGGCUCGCGGCAGGAUUGAGAUCUUCUCCGAACACAUCCUCGGCAUGGAUACGGCGGAGCUGAUCGGCUCGCCUCACGUCAAGUAUACCCUCGUGGGCCUGGAUGUCGUCAAGCCAUCGACAUACAGGGUUAUUGUCCCCCUGGCAACGACCCCGACCUGUUCACAUACAUGCAGUUUCCUCAUCUCAACGUACUCCGCAUGA